AUGGAUGACGCUACGGACACGAGUGGAACUAGCAGAGUUGAGAGCUAUCUGGAUGAUCAUCUUGGGAGAGUUAGCCCUGAGAAGCUGUCUCCCUCUGGCAACAGCUCCGAUGCUGGCACGUUUCUUUUCUACCCUGAGGCAGACGGAGAUGGGCUCGACGAGACCGAUAAGAUGAACACCAGGAAAAGUCUGACAGAUUUGGCUCAGCUGAUGCUGCCGGCUCUUAUAGAUUCUACGAACGUAUCAGACAUUCAAGCUAGCGCUCGUCGACGACUUCUUCAUCGAGCACAUCAGCAAAUCCGACGUGGAGCAGCCGGUUUCAAAGACAUAGCUGAACGUGCUCAUGAAGCUGGAAUGCGACAUGUUGAAAAAUUCCAAAAAGAGCCACCACUAUGCUUUAUUAUAAUGCACAGAGCGUAUCACAAAUAUGGGCUUAAGCACCUCGUUCUCAUUCUGGUAUUUCUCUUCUACACAGCUUUUGGGGCUUUAAUUUUUCUUGUCGUUGAAGGACCGACCCAGAAUAAUUUGAGAGAACAAUGGACCGAGCGCAUUUCUCGAAAUCGUUCUCGUCGAGUCGUCGAAAUCAUGGCACGUGCUUUCAAUAACUCUGAAUACUUGAUCUACAUAAAGGGAAACACAACGUUACGGUUACAGAAAUUAUUCAAUGACGAGUUUGCAUCAUAUGAACGCCAACUGGGAAUACGAUGGACCGAACAGCGAAUGGACUGGGAUUUCUGGACGGCAUUGCUUUUUGCCGGAACAAUUUGCACCACUAUAGGAUAUGGUCAUAUUUAUCCAAUUACGAAUGCGGGCAAGAUAAUCACAAUGAUAUUUGCCUUAUUUGGUAUUCCAUUAAUGCUGUUGGUUCUCCAAGAUAUUGGUAAACUAUUGACGAUCACUAUGAAAUUUCCAUGGUUUCAAACGAAGCGCAUCACAAGACGGAUCUUAAGGUGUUGCACAAAACAGUCACUACGAGAAAUGCAAGAGAUUGAAGCAUGUGAACGGCGAGACUUAGAGAUUUUUGAUCUUCCUGUUGUGGUUGGAUUGUCUUUAAUCUUCGGCUGGGUACUCAUUUGCUCCCUUGUACUCUCGGUGUGGGAUCAAAAGUGGACUAUGUUGGAGUCAUUCUACUUCUUUUUCAUUUCUCUUAGCACUGUAGGUCUCGGUGACUUAGUGCCAUCUUCCCCGCGCCUUCUUCUUACAAUGUUCGGUUUUAUACUUAUCGGACUUUCCUUGGCCUCGAUGGUGAUUAACUUGUUACAAAUGAAGAUGAAAAAGACAUAUGAAGCUGGACCGGUAACCCACGAUGGUAGCGUAAUUGAACAUGUUUUGGUGGUUUCUUCUUCAACUGAGAAACUGAAAUGUUGUGCAGGAGCUAAUGAAAUUAACUCAAUAUCUGAACGCAGCCUCAGCAGGUCAACACAGACCAGUUUGAGCCUUCCAGCUGUGCGACAGGUUGUGCUUCGGUCUGACGGUGUUCACUGGGUGACCGAUGAAGCGCCAAUGAAGAGUCCCGACGAGGUAACACAUUUGGUCGAAAACGAGACAGCGUUGCGGGUUUGUGAGCAAAUAGGUGACAACAAUGAAGAUGAUGACAAUACAGAAAGCCUUAUUGGUGAAACAGAUGUCUUGCUUGAGAAGGAAGAGGACUACAACUAA